AUGCCAAAUUUCGGCAAUCUUGAGCCUUUCGAGGGAGGCGAUGACUGGCCCUGCUACGUGGACCGGCUGAAGGCAUUCUUCACGGCGAAUGACAUCGCUGAAGACAAGCGAACAGCCGUCUUCAUCAGCUGCUGCGGGCAGAAAACGGAUGCGUUGCUUCGCAAUUUGGUCAAGCCUGACCAGCCAAGUGACAAGACGUUGGACGAGAUUCUGUUGGUGCUAGGAAACCACUAUUGCCCGAAGCCUUCUGCUGUUGUGCAGCGGUUCCGUUUCAACUCGCGCGUUCGCGCUGAAGGAGAGUCCGUCAGCAACUUCAUUGCAGCGCUGAAGAGCCUUUCCGAGCACUGCAACUUCGGCAAAGAGCUUGAAAACAUGCUCCGCGACCGCGUCGUGUGUGGCAUCAACAACGCAGGCGUCCAAACAAGAUUGCUGGAAAAAGCGGACCUGACUUUCGAAGACGCAGUGCAGACCGCCCUAGCAAUGGAAGCAGCAAAGAAGGAUGCAGGGGAGAUAGCGCAAGUUCACGCUAGCACCUUCUUUUCCACCCUCCGCGUCUCGGCAGCGCCGGUGGGCGUGUCCUGUUAUCGCUGCGGGGAUGCACACCUGGCGUCCGCUUGCCGGCAUGUGAAGACCGUCUGCAGUUACUGCCACAAACGCGGCCACUUGGCGAAAGUUUGCCAUACGAAACGAAAAGACGAGCAAUCACAGAGUGACGGGUCUCCCAGGCCGCGUUCGUUCGCGGGCCGAAGUUCACUGUCGGCGAGCAACCGUCAUCGCGUAAAUACUGUCCAGGACGAAGCCUCCGCUACAGCUUCGCCCGCCGAAGUUUUCAACAUGUGGUUAGUUGACUACACCAAGGCGCCUCCACCUUUUACCGUCAGUGUUGAAGUUUGUGGCAAGCCGCUACGCAUGGAAGUGGACACGGGGGCGAGCGUCUCAGUCAUUGCCAAGUCGCGUUUGCUACAGCUUCUAUCUUCAAUUCCGGUGCAGCCGUAUCAAGUAUUUCUGCGAAGCUAUUCCGGGGAUUUAAAGAAGGUACAAGGCAAAGCUGAUGUCCAUGUAAAGUUUCAUGGCAAGGAGGCUCACCUACCGAUUUUUCUGGCCGGAAACGAAUCACCCACUCUGCUCGGACGCAACUGGAUGCAAGAAUUGGGCAUCGGCGUCUCCGACGUUGAAGUGAUCAUUCAUGCACUUGCUGAUGUGAAACACGUAGUGCAAGAUUACACUGAAGUGUUUGAAGAAGGUUUUGGUACGUUCAAGGGUGCGACAGCUUCACUACAUGUACCUUCAGAUGCUCCACCACGGUUCUUCAAGCCACGCCCACUGCCGUAUGCUUUCACAGACGGAGUCACGCAAGAAAUUCAGCGAUUAAUAAGAGAUUCCAUCAUUGUUCCGGUGAAGACAGCUAGGUGGGCUGCCCCAAUUGUUCCCGUGACAAAAAGGGAUGGGCGCAUCAGAAUCUGUGGGGCCUUUGGUGUCACCAUUAACCCAGUCGCGACGGUGGAACGCUACCCUAUUCCAAGAAUUGAGGACUUGUGGACUGUGCUGGCCGGAGGUGAGAAAUUUACAAAGUUGGACUUGCGUGACGCAUACCAGCAAGUCGUCCUGGAUGAGGCCUCUAGAGAGACUACACCUCACGAAGUAACGGGUCGGCCACCGUGCGAACUCCUCACAGGGAGAGCCUUCAAGACACCGUUGGAUGUCUUGCGGCCAAGCCUGCAGACGUUGGUACUUGUAAGGCAACUUAAGCAGAAGUUGUAUGCCGACAGAGGAUCCCGGCCAGCUCCGUCAUUGCAACCAGGAGACAGCGUGUAUGCGCGAAACUUUCGACAGGGAGCACCAUGGGUGCGGGCCAGUGUUGUCGACAUCACCCCGCCGUCGGCCCGCGUCAUUCUCGACGAUAGGUCUAUAUGGCACCGACACGGUGACCACUUGCGUCUUGCCCAGACAGGGCCACCGGGUACAUCUGAAACGGAUGCACUUCACCAUGCUAGUGCUGCAGCCAUACCACAAUGGGAACAGCCUCCUCUCCGUGAAUCAACUGUUCCGGACAUGCCGGAGCAAGAGGCUGUCGAGCCGUCUACAAGACAGCUAAAGUCGUUCAACGAGCUGUGGGGCGCAGGACAGCUAAAAUCGUUCAACAAGCUGUGGCAGCGCCUGCAUAAGCCGCCAGCUCUCGGACACCUUGAUGAAGACGCUCGGACAAGGGUUCACACCAACGCCAGCAAUGUCGGCUUUGGACUGUACUAG